CAAGAAAGAGAAGAAGGAUAAGAAGUCCAAGAAGACGGCCAGCAAAGAAGAUGCAGAGGAGCCAGCAGAAGAUACUGAGAUGGCCAAUGCGCAAAGCGAAGUGGCUGAUGCUACUAUUCCCGCUACUCAAGACGAACCCAAGGGUGCCGAGACUCAAGAAGCCGAGCCCCCCAAGGAGGCCAGCAAGAAGGAGAAGAAGAAGAAGUCGAAAAAGGCCAAGAAGGACUCCUCUUCCAAGGACACUGCCGCACCAGAGGCCGCAUCAGAGGGAGCCAACCCUACACCCGAAGACCCCGACCAAGCCGACAGCGGCGAAGACGCCUCAGCAACCGGCAAGAAGGCCGCGCGCUUCAUAGUCUUCGUCGGCAACCUCCCCUUCGCCGCGACCACCGAGCAGGUAACCUCGCACUUCUCCGCCCUGCACCCGAUCUCCGUGCGACUCCUCCACGACGCGCACACCGGCAAGUCACGCGGCAUCGCCUUCGUCGAGUUCGCGCGCUACGACCACAUGAAGUCCGCCCUCAAGACCUUCCACCACACCACCUUCACGUGCCCCUCGGGCAAAGGCGGAAGGCCGAACAAGGACGGCACCCCCGCCGUCGAGGAGCGCAAGAUCAACGUCGAGCUCACGGCCGGCGGCGGCGGCAACACGGCCAACCGCAAGGACAAGAUCCGCGCCAAGAACUUCAAACUCAACGAGGAGCGCGCGCGCCGCGCCGCCGAGGAGCAGAAGGCCAAGGCUGCUAAGCUGAAGAAGAAUGGGGUGAAGGGCGGAGAUGGGGAGGCGGCGCAGAAGGAGGAGGCACCCCGCGCUCAGGAGGAAGACAGCUCCAUACAUCCCAGUCGUCGGAGCAGAGUUCCUGGGGGGCGUUAAUCAGAUCAGAGCAGAGCAGAGCUAAUCAUUAAGACGUACGAAGGAAACGAAGACGAAGGAACGUGGCCUCAAAGGGGAUUUCACUUUACGCAGGGAAAGGAAUAGAUAGAUGAUAUUUCCCCCCCUUUUUUUUCUUUUUUUCGUCCUUUCUCUUUCCGUUUUUAAUAUCAAAAUCACAGAAAAAAGGGUUCGUUGAAGCCGUUUCGUCUCGAUACCCCCUCCCCCCUUUAUGUUAUGGCACGACAUAUGAGUCUUAAGGAUAGAUAGAUGUCUGGACUUGGAUAGCUACCUGGUACCUAUCUGUCUACCUACCUGAGUUAGGUAUCUACACACACUCUCCGAGAUAGAAAUGUAGCCUGUCCAAGGUCAGCAAAUACAAUAUAUACCCGGCGCUCUAUGACAAAACACAUUGCCUAAUUAAUCCUUUGGCUUCGCGGCUCGAGUAGAGCUAUAUGUGCACGUGACGUGACUGCUAGUAGC